UGACGCUGUACUGUUGUACUUUGGUAUUGUUUGUAUCAUAUGUAUGUACUGUGUGUGUCCUGUUCAUUGACACGUCGGAGCUGUGACGUUCGCAGGCGUUAUCGUCAAGCCCCUAUCUCCCCCUCCCCCUCCCCCUCCCUCGAGACCCAUAUUCUCUGCGCUGUGAAUUCUGGGAAGUCAUACAGAAGUUUCAAGAUGGCGGCGAGCAGGAGGCUGGCCAAGGAACUUGAUGAGAUUCGCAGAUCUGGAAUGAAAAAUUUCAGAAACAUUCAAGUUGAUGACUCUAACCUAUUGUCAUGGCAAGGCCUUAUUGUUCCUGACAACCCUCCCUAUGACAAAGGCGCGUUCAGGAUUGAGAUCAUUUUCCCCACCGAGUACCCUUUCAAGCCUCCCAAGAUUACAUUCAAAACAAAGAUCUAUCACCCCAACAUUGAUGAGAAGGGGCAGGUGUGUUUGCCUGUUAUCAGUGCAGAGAACUGGAAGCCAGCCACCAAAACUGACCAAGUUAUUCAGUCCCUCAUUGCACUGGUGAACGACCCCCAGCCAGAGCACCCCUUGAGGGCAGACCUAGCAGAAGAAUACUCAAAGGACCGUAAAAAAUUCUUGAAGAAUGCUGAAGAGUUUACAAAGAAACAUGGCGAAAAGCGGCCAAUGGACUGAUCACGUGAUAAGCGUUUAGCCCUCUGUCUCUUUCUCCCCCUUACCUUUGACCUGCCCAAGCAAAUAUCAUACUUCCUAUUUGCCCCCCCUUAAUCCCCAAGCCCCUCAUACUACCUUUGUCAUUCACGUUCCUCUCUUUUGCUCCCCACACUGCUCCGUCUUGCAGCUGAGGAGCGGCCCAGCUGAAGCAGACAGUGGCAGCCUCAGCCUCCCUUCACAUCUGCUCUGUGGAUCAGACCGCUUCCUCUCUCUCUCUCUCUCUCUCUCUCUCUCUCUCCAUACCUUCACUAACUUUCUACUCUUAAAGUCAAAAUGAAAAAAAAAAACAUGGGGAGUUGAAUAGGAAUAUUCAAGUAAUGUGUUGAUUUUGCUUUUCUUCGAUAAAGUAUUGUUACCUAGAACUAGAGAUUAUGAUUAUUUUUUUUUUUUGCUGAGAUUAAAAGAUGGUUGAUUACUCAUUUUCUUAGCCACGUUAACAGUAACAAAUGGACAGAAAGAGAAAAUCUUAGAUCUGUUUUUUUUCCCUUUUUUCUUCAUGGCGCCCCCGCCCCCGCCCCCGCCCCCAGACUGCGUGUUUCCCUUACUGACCUCCACUGCUUCUAGACUUGCACUGUAUUCUGUGGAAUAAUCCCACAUUUCCCCUUGCCCAGUUUGUAACACACUGAGCAGAGGCAAACCAUUGUUGUCCCACAUGUGAAUUGAAUUGUUAUAAAAGUUCUUCAGUACUUGUCAAAACAUUCUCUCCAAAUAUGUUCUCAGCUGUCUCCUUUUAAAAAGAACAGGUUUCACAUGUAUUUAUGGGUUUGAUUAGUUGUACCAAAACACUUGUUCCCUGUGUGAAAAAGAUGUUUGCCUGACAAAUGCCUUGUAAUAUUGUUUUAAUAACUAAAAAAAACUUUUGAUUGGCACUUUGAUAUAUAAAACUGUCAAAGUAGGAACUGCCUGCUUGUUUAAUUUUGUUACUGUUCAUCUUUCACUGCUCGAUAGCAGUUGAACCCUUUUCACUUAAUACACCCCAUUUACCACGCUGAAAAGGACCUAAUGGGGGUGUGCGGGUCCGCAGAACCGGGAGGCCAAUUCACUCACCCGGAGCACACUUAGGCUCAGCUCAGGCAGAGCACCUUGAAGCGAGCUGGGAGAGGGGCUAGCGUUUCGGGGAUACAUCAGGACACAGAAAGGGACUGAGUGACCAAAAAGCAACAUGGAACAACUGUUUGAUCUGGUCUCCGUUCUUGUUUGGUAAUAAAGAUGGCUAACCAUUUUGCCUCACUGCC